AUGCUAAAUUCCCAGCUGUUUAAUCCUAAAUCGCUAACUGAUAAAAAAGCAGACAGAUUCUCACUAACAUUGUUAGAUUUCAGAAUUCUUCAGUAUUUUCAUAAGAGUAUGGGCAAAUACUAUGCUGUGACAUUUUGGAUUACAAGUUACCUAAUUAGAAUCUUCUCUUCAAGAAAUUCUCUCUCAACCUUUAUUUAGCAUCGACUUUUUAGUUUAAAAUUUAAUAGUCUUAGGAAAUAAAUGCAGUUCUUUUUUCAAUAAAAACAAACUUAUUUAAACAAUAUAAUAUUUAAUUUAAAAAGAAUGCUAAAUAAAAUUCUACUUAUUCCUAUGCUUGCUGGAUACAUAAUCUCUGAUUAAGGUUGGUUUCAAUAAGCGAAUUACUUAGUUGACUCACAAUUUUCAUGUCAAAACAACAUUUAACAUUCUUAUUUAGUUCCUUAUUCGGAAGAAUUUUUCAAUGUUCCUCAAAUAACUUUUUUUUGGAAAUCACUUGACCUACAGUACUAUCCAAUAGGAUUUCAACUUGAAAUCUCAAGUAUUAAUACGCUCAGUAAUAUGUAAAAAAAUAUGUUUAGAUUUUAAUUUAACCAUUACUUGUCCUUUAUUGAGGGUUUAUGGGGUAGAAAAUUUUUUGGUUUGCAAUAGAUGAUUAACGGAUAUAAAUUAUAAGCCAAUUUAAUACUAAAGAUUUCAAACCUAAAAUUUCAUUUGAACAUCAAAAUCCGAAUGCUGAUUUUGGUAUUAUAAUUCCAACAAGUUUUGCAUUUUUAGGUCCAUUUAAUCUUUCAAUUUAGGUAGACUACAACAAAUUAUAUUUUAGAUAACAGAAAUAACUCCAUAAAAUGUCACAAUCGAAAUACAAAAUUUAAAAAGAAAAUAAUUAAUAUUUAAAUUAAUUAGGAUAUUAAAUAAUCUUAGGCCCUGAAAAUGCUUUCACGUUUAUUGAAUAAAGAACCCUUUCAUCUCCAUUUGAAAGUAAUUAAAUCCAAAUAUAACCAUAAUCAUGGUUCUUUCUUAUACUUCAAUAAUUAAAUUAUAAUUAAUAGCAUAAUUUGUAUUAUCUAUUUGAAAUUUAUGAAGAUUAACCAUCGAUAUCUUACAAAUAUCCUUAUUGUAAAGAAUUUAUUUGAUUUUUAGGGGGAAUUUUCAAUGAAAUUAAAAUAUAAGCAUAUUGGAUGACAUACUAAUUAACAAAGAGUUAUAGAAGCUUGCAAUUAAAAAAUAUAGAAAUCAUUUAUAAAUAAAUUCACAAAUAAUCAAUCACACCAUAAAUUUAAGUUGAAAUUUCAACAUUAUCAGAUUAUAAAUAAAUAUUUAAUUCAAGUGGGAUUUUCUCUUUGCUCAUUGGAAAAUUUAAUAAUCUGCUUGUAUUUAAAAUAUCUUACAUCUGUAGACAGAGUGAAGUAGUUAAAAUCAAUUUAUAGAACGGAGCUGUUAAUAAUAAAUAUUAAAAUUAAUUUGAUUGCAACAUUAAAAUCAAUCAAAUAAAUUAUAUAGUUGAAUUUGAUGUUUAAUCUGAUGCAUAUCAAUAAUUAAUCUUAAACCUUACUGAUAAAAAUUGUUAAGUUUUGCAAAUACUCUACAACUAGGUUAAGUCUUCAGAAAAAAUAAUUGAAUUAAAUGCUGCUUGA